AAGUGCCUUUAUCUGUAAUAUAAGCGGGCAGUUUGGACACGUUAGCAGUAUAAUUAACAUAGAAAAUUCAGUUGUGAUGCAAUCUAAUAUAAAUGUUCAUAACCGUUCCGUGAAGUUCCUUUAAUAAUUAUAAUUUUGUAAUUGAACAAUGUACGUUUUAAUGCAAAUUAUUUUGACGCAAUUACUGUUUUCAUAUUUUGUAAUCGGUGGUCCUGAAGAGGAGCAAGGUGUAAAAUAUGCCAACAAGUGUGAAGUUUGUAAGGUUGUUGCCACAGAAUUAGAAGCAAGAUUAGACGAAACCGGCAAAACACAUGAUAAGCUCGAAAUUGGUUAUUCGGUCGACGAUGUUGCGCCUAAGAAAAAGAAAGAAUAUACAAAAUCAGAAUUACGUUUAAUAGAAAGCAUGGAAGAUCUUUGUGAACGUAUACUGGAAUAUAAUAUUCACAAAGAGCGUUCAGACAGUACCAGAUUUUCCAAAGGAAUGAGUCAAACUUUUAAAACUCUUCAUGGACUUGUGGAUAGAGGUGUUAAAGUUGAGUUGGGAAUUCCAUAUGAAUUGUGGGAUAAGCCAUCCGUAGAAAUAACAACUUUAAAAUCACAGUGCGAAGAUUUACUUGAAAAUUAUGAGUCUGAUAUUGAAGAAUGGUAUUUUAAUUAUCAAAGAGAUAUUCCUUUAACUAGGUAUUUGUGUUCAGAGAGAGCAUUGAAAGGGGAUGAUGAUUCUUGUCUUAAAGAAAAAGGUGAAGUUAGCAGCGAUGUAAAGGAAAAGAAAAAGAAGAAAAAGAAAAAGAAAAAUACAGAAACUGAAGAUAAAAAGAAAGAUGAUAAGGAAGAAUUGUAAAGUAUUAACUGAUGUUGAAAAAUAAGCAAUGAAAGUCAUAAAGACAUUAUUAAGUCUACUUACAAAAUGAUGAACAAAAUAACUUGAUACUCU